AUGCCUCCCUGGAGCCCCAGCACGGAGCCACCGGGUGAAAGUUCUGAAGGAAGAAGUGAAAUGACCACGGUGGAGGGAAGGGUGCGGGAGGGGCCCGCGUUGGGUUCACAGCAAUCGGUGGGCUCCAGCCCCGGCUCGUGUGGGCUGCAGUUCUCGGACAGGACCGGGCAGCGCCGGGAGGAGACCCAGCAGGACCCCGCACCCGCGCUCCGGCUCGGACUGCGAACCUUCCGUGGCCCCUCCUCGGUCCUGACCCGGCUACGUGCGCGGAGUCCCGCGGGUUCCCUAGGAGGAUCCGGCCCCCGCGCGGCGGGCAGGGGAACAGCGCCUCGGGCCGUACCACCCGGCCAGACCCGCGGGGGAGCCGCCCGCGAGGCGGUAGCAGGGCGCCCCAGGCCCCGCCCGGCAGGUGGCGGCCCCGCCCAGAGGCCGACGUGCGGAAAGGAACGCGCCGGCCGCGCCCGCAAGGGGCCGCGCGGCGGUGGGCGUGGCGUCCGCACCCCCCUCCCGCCCACUGGCUGUGGCGCGGCAGGGCGGGCCCAGCCGGGCGGACGAUUGGCUGUCCUGCUCUCACAUUUGCAUAGGGGCUGGGCGCUGGACGCGGGCUCCGGGCCUUGGGGGCGCGAGGGGGCCGCCACCGAAGUUGGGCCGAGGGCCGGCGACGGUGCCGCGCCGGGAUCGCAGGGUGCCAGGUUGCGUGGCGUUCCCGGGACGGUCUCUGGACGUCGCCGAGCGGAGAGCAGCCCUGGACAAGCAUGGACUGGAGCCUCCAGAACCAACCUCCUGAGGGCCACCUCUGGGAACUUUCUUAAGGAGAACAUUGACAGAUUUGGCUUUUCUGUGCAUUUCUGCCACUUUGGCAAGGACACGAAGGGAGUGAGGACCGCCCGGCCUCAUCUGUGGUGCCCAGCAACACGCCCCUCCGAGAGGCCGGUGGCGCUGGCGCAGUCCCGGACCGGACCACUGGGCCCGCCCUCUCUGCUGGGUGCUCUCAAGUCCACUGUGAACAUCUGCAGGGCAUGGAGUGUGCACAGAGCAGCCGCCAGCAGGCCCGCAGGUGCCUGGAUGCCUGCAGCAGGCCCGGCCCCCUCUCCGGGCAGUGGGGGUUGGUGGCUGGAGUCUGCCGUUGGGGGAGAGAGGCCUGAGGGAUUUGCAUGGACGUGGACUUUUCUUGGAGUGACCCUGUCCUGAUGGUCACUGUGGUGUCACACCCAGCAGGUUUGGUAGGGCCAGGUUCUGUCGGUGACAGGGAGGCUGUGGUGGCCUUGUGGGGAACCAGUGGAGCUGAUUUACCGACACUGGGCAGCGACUUUCUGUGGGCGACCCCCCGUGAACCCCGGUGUUCUCAGCCAGCCCUAGAGGGUGCUUUUGUGCUGGGGGUGGGAAGGAACUCUGAGGUCAUGGGGGCUCCUGUGCUGUCGCCCAACACAGCCUGGCCCCGAAGGGCCGCAGUGACCAGUGGCGAUGGCUGCCCCAUCCCACACAGCAGCCGGGGUCCUGCCUCAGCUACCUGGGGGGCUGGCCCGGCCUGGCUUGGUCCUGCCCCGCUGUGAACAACGUCUGGGGGAGCAGGGCUUUUCCUCACCUCAGCACGGCUCACGUCAUUGUUGUCAAUGUACAAUUUAAAACUCGAAAGUAAACUUUGCAGCCACUCA